AUGGGGUCGGCCCCGCCAGACCGAUCGGCACCGAUCGGCUACCUCGGUACAGCGGGCCGGCAGCCGCUGCUCAUGCCAGCCACCACUAGCGCACCCGGCUCGUGGAUCCCAAGACUUCAACCCACGCAGAACAUCACCAUCGUCGUCCCGUCCCCACACGCUACCAUGGGGUCUCAUGCUGACCCCCAAAGAAUUGGUGACUAUCUCGCGUCAUAUGCCCAUAUUUCCUUGGACGCCAUCACCCACAAAAUCGAUAAGGACCCAGAGACCACAACACAGGGCGCCAUCACCGAUCCGGAGGGGCGUCUCGCGCAGGCCGAGGUGGCGCCGUGGAUAGGAGGUCGCGAACUCCUCGACGAGAUAUUUUCCUGCCUCUACGACUUCGAUUCCCUUCCUCCCGAAUUCCCCUGCCGCCUUCAUGUCGACGCGACAGGCCGUGAGUUGUGCAUGAUUAACAGUGAGGCCGCUGUGCACUUGUUCGACGUCGACACUCUCUACAAACCAGCUAAAUGGAUCACCGAGUUUGCUUUGAGACAGCCCUCCCUACGCGACGCUAUCACUGCCGUCCUACAUCGUGGCGGAUACAAUGUAGAUUCUUCGAUGGCGGCGCAUGGUGGUGAAAGCACAGAGGGCAACAUAGUCUUUGCGCCGCAUAGCAGGACGAUCACGGUCCCUGAUCACGCGCUACAUGGGCGAAAGAGGAAAAGGGCUACAUCUUCGGUCUCUUCGGAAUUGUCACCGGGAUCAAGAGAGCGGCUGCCUACGGACAGCGAAGCGAUCGAGAGGAACAGCAGGGUAGAGGACGAGAUCCAGGUCGCCCAGAACAUGUCCUCGCCGGACCCCUCUCCGCGCGAGGCUCGGGACAGCAAAAGCAAUGUCGAGGAAGUGAAGAUCAAGGUCAAGGCAGGCCCCGGAGACUACUACUGCUCCUUUGUCCCGAAACCUCCGAGACGGCAAACCAGCAGCCUUCUGAUAGUCGGAGAGGCUAAAGCCCCACACAAACUUACGCGCGGUCUCAUCCAGCGUGCCCUGGGCGAGGACGUGACUAUCGACACAAGGCAAUUCAUACAGGAUGUCCGACAAGACGGGGCUGAGCCCCGGCCUCCUGACGAUGUGUUUAUUCGCGGAAAUCCCGACAGCGGUUAUAAUUCACUCGAUCAGAGAUGGCUUGCAGCGGUUGCCACACAGAUAUACUCAACCCUUCUGUCCGAAGGGGCGCGGUAUGGCUACAUCACCACAGGCGAGAGCUAUAUUCUUCUUCGAAUUCGACCUAACCAUCCCACGACCCUCGACUACUUGUUACUACCACGCAUUCGGAGCCCGCCAGAACGGUUGUCGCAACCAGCUCACGAUAGGGGGCCCUGGCUCAAGUGGCUAGCGGAAUCACCUCUGGCCCGGCUCAGCUGUUUCAUUCUGCUGUCUUUCUUCACCGGGUCGCAUUUAACAGACGCCGAUUUCGAUCAAGCUCAUGCAAGCAGAUCGUCAAUGAUCUGGCGAACCCCGCGGGACAGGGAGCAAUCAUAUGAGUCCAAAAGCUUCUUGUCGGUAGCAUCAAAAGAUUCUGACCCGGACUGGACAGAAGCUCAGGAUGCGCCCGGCCGCCGCACCCGCGCACCAACCCAGCUCAAGAGGUCCCGUUCAGAGACGAUGACGGAAGAUGAAGAUGAUGCGUGUCAGUACGGCACAGCCAAGCGCAGGAGGCUACGUACGCCAUCAUCGUCAUGCAUGCCAUCGGAAGAGGCAACGAUGUGCAUGACUCCACCUGCUGAGACAAUGCACAUCAACUCGGUACCAUUUUGCACAUCUAGCUGUAUCAGCUCGCUCAUGCACCAAACAGCUGGCGACCCGUCAUGCCCCAACUGGUCAGUCCAUCAGCAGCAUCCUCAUUGCCAGAAGCCACCUACCUCUGCAGCCGACCUGCUGGCCAUGGCACGAACCUCAGUGGACCUGCCGCACACACGUGGCCCGCAGUCUGAUGUAGAGGAGAGCCCUCGGAUCUGGCGUAGUCCUACUCCCAACGCAAUUUACACUGGCCAGUUCGGCGCUGUGUCCGCAAUUUUCAAAGUUCGUAUCGAACCAGGUGGCUAUGUACUCGUUGCGAAAGCUGCUCGGACCUAUGAGCAGUCCGUGGGCCUUGACACGGUCCAUGCCCUGAAGCGUGAGGACAGGGUAUACAAGAAGUUGCGCGCGAUACAGGGAAAAGUCAUCCCGGUAUGUGUGGGCCUGGUCGACUGUUCCGAGGACGAAACCAACCACAACUUGGGCCCCGGUCGGUUCCCGGCGUUCCUGCUGCUCAGUUGGGCCGGUUCAUCACUCCUCAGCCAAUGUACAAAUAGCGCGGACGAAGCAUGGCUUGCGCGACUACGUACGGAUGUCGAGGCGCAAUUGAAGCAGAUUCAUGGAUUAGGAGUGCUUCACCAAGACGUCGAGCUGCCCGUUGUGACCGGCGGAUCACGAGGCAUAGGCCGCGCCAUCACAAUCCAAUUUGCACGGAAAGGACUAGACAAAAUCGCCAUCACAUACGCCUCCAACAGUGAAGCAGCCGAGGCCACCCUGGCCGAGUGCCGCCGCCUCGGCGUCAGCAAGACCAUCGCCAUCCAGGCGGAGGUCACAUACCCCCAGUUCGGCCCCCUCGUCGUCCAGCAGGCCCUCCAAGGCCUGGGCACCACAACCAUCGACAUACACGUCAACAACGCCUGUAUCGGAGGGAUGAAGUACUACCGACCCGUUCACGAGACAACCGCCGACAUCUUCCUGCACCUCAUGCACGGCAACGUAUACAGCGCCAUGGCGCUCACGACGGAAUGCAUGGCGCAUUUCCCCGCCGGGGGCGGCAGGGUCAUCAACAUCUCCAGCGCCGCGUCCAGGCUCGCCAACCCUUCGCCCACGGUCGUGCACGGCGCGGCAUAG